AAUGCAACAAUGUUCUCGAUUAUUAUAAAGCUGGUCUUACUUGCCGGCACUGUCUGUGCAAUUAAGGAGUUUGGCUUCUGGGAAAGCAAUGAACAACCUAGGCAAGCUAAAGUCGAAGCUAUGAACAAUGUUAGGUCUGAUGACGACGAAGACAAGCCUGCACUCUCAAAAAUUAUGCUUGAUGAUGAUGAUAAAAGGGAGCUGAAGCGCAAGGCAGACGACUUGAGACGAAAAUUUUGCACAAAGGGGGGCAUUUGUGAGCCGCCUCCACCUAAAAAAUGGGAUGAGGCCUUCGACGAUGCAUGGAAAGACACUUAUAGCGCUCUCAAGAAGCUGCCAGAUAUAUGGAGUCGUUUUGCACGCGACAUUCAGGAGAGCAUCUGUGAAUUUUUCAAGGGGAAAGAAAAGUAGGCCGUCAGCCAACAGAAAUCGAAAAAUUUCUAAAAAAUAAAAAUAAAGCAUACCUUCAGAGCUUCUA